AUGAAAUUAUUAAAAGCUAUAGAUUUAUAUGGUAAAGUACCAAAAGGAUUAGCAGAGCCUACAAGUUCAGGAGCUGUUGUUUCAAUUAUAACAUUGAUUUUCUUAGGAUUAAUGAUCAUGAAUGAAAUGAUUGUAUUGAAUAAUUACUAUUAUUUAUAUAGGAGUAUAUUACUAUAGAUGUUCAAUCAGAAAUAAUUGUAGAUCAAUAAUUGUCAAAAGAUAGAGUUUAAGUGAGUUUUGACAUUAAAUUUGUAAGGGCUCCAUGUGACUUUUUAGAAAUUGAUCAAUAGGAUGCAAUGGGAUAAAGUUUAUCAUAAUAAUUUAUGGAAUUAAAAUAUUAUAGGUUGGAUUCAAGUGAAACAAGAAUUGGAGAAUAUGUAAAUAUCAAAAUUGAAAUAAUAGAUCAGAAAUUAAAAUAAUUGGAUUGUGAUUGAAGAUGCUAGAACAGCUGUUGCUGAAAAAUAAGGAUGUGAAGUAGUUGGAAGUCUUAAGGUUAAUAGAGUUAGAGGAAAGAUAUCAUUUGGACCUCAUCGAUCUCAUUCUUAUAUUGGUGCAGUUGGCAAUCUACAUCUUCCAUUAGAUUAUUCUCAUAAAUUUGUAUCAUUUACUUUUGGAGAUCAAAAUGCUCUCAAAAAAGUCAAGAGUAUGUUUAAGCAAGGUUAAUUAGAGAGUUUGGCUGGUACUCAAAGAAUUAAAAAAUAUGAAUUGGCUAGUUAAUCAGUAUUCAUAAAUUAAACAUUUUUAGAUGUAACAUGAACACUUUAUUAACAUCAUUCCAACUCAUUAUACUUUGUUAAAUAAACAAACAUAUUCUGUCUAUUAGUAUACAGCUAAUCAUAAUGAAGUGAGAUCACAUAAUUAUGCAAAUGUUCAAUUAAGGUAUAAAUCUUUAUUAUUCAGAUAUGACUUUGCUCCUACAACUGUUACUUAUUGGUAAACUAAAGAAGACAUUUUGCAUUUCUUAGUCCAAAUAUGUGCUGUGAUUGGAGGUAUAUUCACUGUAUCAAGCAUGAUUGAGGCUAGUGUAUAUAAAGUUAUGAGGAAUGUAUUAAAAGUUGAGUGA